AUGCUCAAAUCAACCAAACCCGAGUCAAUUCCACCCAAUGCUGAUCAAUUGAUCUCUCGUCAAAUAGAUUUGCUCGCCCAGUCCUUUAGAAGCUUUAAAUACAAGUAUGAUAUAUAUAGUAACCGGAGGCUUCGCUCCACAUCUACCGAACGAAUUGUGCCCAUCGACCAAGCGAGCUGCCAAUUAAUCCUCAGCCGACUGGAAUCUAGCCUUCUACCUUUGCUCGGCCAUCAAAUCAGCACUAUCUCAAGAAUCAUAAAUUCAUCCGACUUACGCAGAGGAGAUACAGCUUCGAAACUUGAACUAAUCACAGAGCUCCAGUUGGAGAUUGUUCAGUCUGUGGAGCAAAUUUUUUUUUGCGCUCCUCACCGACAACUAUUUUACCUUUCAUCCCAAACCGAUGACAAUCAUUUGCGAAAUUUGAAAAGCUUUCGGCUUCCAAAGCUGCUGCUCAAACUCGGCUUCUUGAUUCAUGAACUAAGCUUCCUGUUUGACGGUUUCGCCGAUCUCAUUCGAGAAUUGAAGCUCUCGCAAAAGAAGUAUCGUCGGAAGGCUCGUAAAUCCAACACCAGAGGAAAAGUGGCCGAAUAUACAACUGACACAGCGGAAGCAAUCGAGUGUCUGAUCAAAUCGAUAAAAGGACAUGAAUUGAGUAACAUCCAGGAGGAGUGGGACGUCGAACUCACUGAUAUGGACGAAGUCCUCGCCGGGGUAACCAAGCUCCUCAAUCCAACUGCCGACUCAGACGAACACGAGGAAGUCGAGGAUGAAGGCGAAUUUCAAGAAGACGAAGACGUCGAGGAUGAAGGUGAAGAGGAAGAGGAAGAGGAAGACGAGGAUGGAGAUGAGAAUGGCGAAGAAGACGAUGAGUCCCAGAUCGAAGCUCCUAACGAGGCCUUCUUACAACUCGCUCGAUCUACGGUACCCAUGAUCAAAUUAUCCAGACUGUUUUUCAGAAAAUUAACUUCAAGCAGAAUCGACAAAAGUCCCUCGGAACCCUUUACAGAAAUGAGUACCAGUCAGCUCGAGACAUUGACUGGAGCAGCUGGGGAUAUCGAUGGCGAGCUCUCAAGAAUCUUGAAAACUUUAAGUAAGGCUGAGGAGACUGACGAAGCACAUACUGCUCGCGCUCUCUUAGCAUCAGUCAAGAAAAUUUCUAAGUUUUUUCAAUCCUCCAUGCUCCUUUUGACUCUUUAUGUUCUACCUCUAGUCCCUCAAGUUGAUGGUAACCCCAACUCCUCCCAAACUAACCUCAAGACUUGGUUGAUUACUUGGAAUAACCUAUUCAUCUCCGCCACUGAAACCUUUAUCAGUGCUACUCAUACUUUCCAAAUGGCCUGA